AUGGAUCGCGCUUCUGGAGCUCGAAGUCGCGAAGAAGUAAGAUUUUGAAUUUGAAAAAAAAUGUUAGUGAAAAUGUUUUUCAAAACUUAAAAGCCCUCACAAUCUGGGGCUAUAGGCCAAAUAAAGGUUAAAAAAAGUUUAAAACAGCUUAAAAAUAAUUCAAAUCAUUUUCAGAAUCGUGAACGCGCGCUCGAAGUCGUCAACGAAGUGAGCUUUUUCUUCAAAAUCGAAAAAAAAAAUCGGUUCCAUUCGGCUCUAUAGCUUACACAAAACGUUAGGGGUGCGAAAACUUGAUAAUUUUCCUAACGUAGUAAAAAAAGUUCAUAACAAACCUGAAACAAGUUUCUGAGAUCAUAGAAACCUCUAUCUUGGCCUGAGAAACAUGAAAAAACCCUAAAAGCUCAGGAAUGAUAUCUCAAGCGGUAAGGAAUCCAAAAUUAUCUUCUUAACAUUUAAACUUCCAUUUCAAUAUAGUCAUCAGAAAAAAAUUUUUAAAAAAAUCAACUGGUUGUCAAGAAAAAUAAUAAGAAUAGGAAGGAAAAAGAUCAACAGCGGCCUGGAGAAAAGUUAGAGAAGCUGGAAAACUCUCGUUGUCUGGCGUCUUUCCAGGACGAAGCUGAUCUUUUUUUUUGAUUUUAGAAAUUCCUUUUAGGAAAUGUAUGAGCGAUGCUAGGACUUGUGUGAAUUUAUAGAACCGAUAAAUCCAGGAAUCGUCUUAUUGAUCACUAAAAUCAGCUAGCUUGAUCCAAAUCUGGGCGGUUCGGUUCUACAAAAAAGUCAUGGUUUUAACGUUUCAAGGGGUUGCAAUUUUGUUUUUAAAAGGCCGAGAAUGAUCAAUCCUGCAUUUAGACAUACCAAACUGUAUUAUAAAGAAAUCUUGAGGAACUUGAAACUGAUGAACCCGAUAGCGAUAGCAACAGCACGGUCAGCGCUAUAAGCACUGUGAACCUGUCGAGCUCCACGGACGACUAUGAUUCCAGUGAAUCAGAAGCUGUGUCUGACGCCGACGCGAACGGCCCCGCACAGCCGGCUCCGGUCAACCCGACAGAAGCGGAUGACGAACUGUGGCGCCCUCUGCUAUUCCAAUUGCCGGUACGCCAUUUGGAAGUAAAGGGUAACGAGUCUGUGAUAAUCCACCUCACAGGUGUAGCAUAAGUCAUAUUCAUUUUUGAAUGCAAAUUUCGCUUUCUAGUCAAAUUAUAGUUUAGAAAAUAUCGAAAAAUUGUUUUUGAAAAGAAAUGACGAAAAAGAUGACUUGCGCUUAGCCUCGAGUUUCCGGCAAAAAGCCGCGUCGCGAACUUAACGCGGUUUCUGCCAAUCUACUCAUCCCGCCGUUCCAGUCGGGAAAGAUCGGCUAUAUCGAACUCGACUAUGUCUGAAAACAAAUGUAGAGCUCAAAAUGCUAAGCUCACGCGGAGAACAGCUAACUCGAAAGUUUGAAAAAAUGAUCAAAAAAAAGGAAUGCCAACAUCGAGCAAGGCUUUGUUUCCUGAAAUCAAAACCGAAAACUAGUCGUAAUUUCAUCGUCCUGACUUUCUGCCCGAGUCUCAUAACUGGAAAUAACUAAAAAUCACAGAAAACAGUCGCGGUUGCACUUCAUUUGGCGAUAAAAAAAAUAGUUCCACGUCUAAUCCUUGACUUAUAGCUGCGCCUUACCUUGAUCGGGUUUUUUCUCAAUAGGAAAAAUGGCAAAGCGCGUGAACAGUUUUAGGUCGGACGCAUAAAGGGGCAAGUGCUUUUCGUUGUGAUAGCGACGCACGUAGCCAUGCCGGGAGCCUUCAAAAAGUCGUAAAAGCUGGAGUGAAUCUUCGAAACUAUAAAAUUUACUUGUUCCUAGCGGUAUCAAGAGUUUAAACUAGAGACAAUAUAGUUUUCCCAAACCCAUUGUCAAUAUUUUUGGUCACUAUAGUUUCUGAUAAAAUUGGAGAAUAAGAUCGCAAUGAGCUGAAAUGAACCUUCCAGAACGAUUUCAGCCCUGGAAAACGUUUUCAAACCCUCAAUUCAUUCUUAGAACCAUUUCAAAAAAGACAAAGUUCCAGGCGGCGCCUCCCAUGCCAAGAUAUGGAUUUGGUGAAUUUGAACCGCUUUAUCAAUACGAAAUGAAUCUGCACCGUUAUUAUUAUUUUCAAAUGGAACAGGUGUGUCGAAACGAAAAAAUGUUCUCGAAACUACAUUCUUUUUCCAAUGACUACUUCAAAGGGUCAUAGCCAGGCUUGUGCGAGGGACGGCCCGUCAACCUAUUGGGCCCCUUUUUUCGGAGCCCGACAGGGCCCGACUUUUAAAAAAAUAAGCUUGGCCUAAAGCACUUUUCACCAAGACAAAUACCAUACUUUUUAACGACAGAAAUCGAGUUGCUGAUUCUUUUUCUUUCAAAAUUCAAAAAAAAAAAUGAACUUCAAAAAUGUAUUCGGAGCCCGUCGUCCAGUCUGACGCACAAGUCUGGUCAUAGCUCAUUUCCGAAAGCAACUUUUUGGCUGGCUCAAGUUCUAUAAGAGUAUUUGGACCUCUGACUAUGAUAAUUUAAGCCAAAAAGAUUCCCUGAUCUCCUCCUUUCUCAACUAUCAAAAAAAUGAAAUCCGUUUCUGGAAAACCUGAUAAUUUAUAAAAUUGCAGCAACACCUCAUGAAUGCACAAUAUGAGCUUCAGCGUGCGACAUUGAACUACUGGGUAAGAUUUUUUCAGCGAAAAUAAGAUCGAGAAGCGACUUAUUGAGAGUUCGAGCAGUUCCCUCGAAUGAUAUAGCUAAUUUUAUUGAACUAAAAAAAACGGAUUUUCCUAUCAAAUGAAGUUAUCCGAAACGGUUUUCUAGCGGGAAGGUCAUUUUACCUCGAAGAUUUUUUUUUUGACGUCCUGAAAGGGUUGAUCUGCAAAACUUCUUAGAAACGACACCUAAAAGUUUGAAACCCGAUUGUAACGGGUUAUGAUCUUUUUUAUUUGAAAUGGAGGCGAUCUUUCUCGGAAACUAGGAAAAUUGAGGUAGUGUUUUCAAAAUCUUGAAAAAAAAUCCUGGCCAGUUUCCAUAAAUAAAAUCAGAUCGCAAAAUGAACCUUUCUUUGUGAGAACAUAAAACCUGGCCAAUUCUAUUAUUUUUUUUUGGGUAAACAUCAAAAAAAAGUGUCAGAAUUUUUUUUUCAAAGUGGUUUCCGAACUAGGAGAAAGAAAUGAUUUCAUUUUUUCUGAGACUCAUUCUUUACAACUCAAGUUUUUUUAGAACAUGCUCCACCAUCUCCCUGCUUGUCAAUGUGUGUUAUGCAGACUGUUAGUUUGAUUCGAAAGUAUUCUUUUAUCGAAUUGUGAAUUUUCAGCGGCCCGUACUACAGGGCUCCGCGGAUGUGGGAGCCGCCGUUCCAGUACUGUCAGUUUUUAUUUUCAUUUGCCUAGAAACAAAUAUAUAUCUUAACGCCUAUGAGAAAAAAAGAACGACUUUGAACUAUUCCAUUCUUUGAAAAUGAGAAUUGAAAACAGACACGCAUACUUCAUUUGCCUGGAAACUCAUUUUUCAGUGGCGUUUGACGCGCAUAAUGCGGCUAGACAGAGAAUGAACGAGUUGUACGGCUGGCCCCACAGACCUUUCAUCUACUUCCCGGGCAGAGGGCAGCGGUAAGUUCACGAAAAAAAUUUGAAAAAUUGAAGUAGGAAAAAAUUUUGAAAGCAUCGAAGUUGAAUUGUUCCCAGUUGGGAAAAAGACAGACAAAGAACCAUUCCAAAUGCGACUAGGCAAGGUUUUGACAAAAAGGUUUUAUGGCCUUCAAAUUUUUUUUGAGGACCAGUGUAACAAAAGCUGUGCUUAGAAUGACUAUUCUGGGAGCGAAAAAAGGGACUCAUCCAUUCCAAACGCGGCUAAUUGUACGGUGGAAUUUUUAUGAAGCAGAUGAAAAGUCAUUUCACAUCCACAAAAAGCCAUUCCAAAUGUGACCGAGAACACAAAAGUGAUCAGUUCAAGACGGCAUUUUUUUCGAACCAAAUAAGUUGGAAGAUUUUUAAAAAACGUGCCUCGAAAAGGGGCGUGGCGAGCCCAUCACAGAAGCUUCAAUAGGAGAUUCAGUGAAGCUCAGUUGCCAAAAAGCCUACAAAAAAUAUAACUUUGCUGAAAUAACUCAUGAAACUCACCUUUCUGAUCGAAAGCCCUUCAUGAAACCACGGCCAAAACACCGUUCUAUGGCUACCGUAAUCUGAAAGCAAGGUUUAUUACCAAUUUAAGCGAUAAUCCAUUUCAGAGAUCAGCCGGACGUCAACAACAACACGAGACGUUAA